AUGAGGUUCUCUCUUUUGGCCUUGUUGAUGCUCUUUCCUGCACUUAUCAAGUAUGGAGAGAGAGUGUGGGUAAUCAAGUCAAUAUCCAAGAAAAAGUAUGUGGGUUUUGUUCAAAUUGAUGAAAACACAAUUGACAAAAUCAGUAGUGCACAACCUAACGCCAAGCUAGUGCUCCAAGCCUAUUCUUAUUUCCAGACCUUAAAACCUCAUAUUUCCAAUUAUGAGUGUGCUAGGUCCAAAGUGAACAAAUUGACAAAAGAAUUUCGUGAAUUGAUGAAUAAAGAUGAUGCUGCUCACAAUACUUUUAAGUUGAUUGAGAUUGAGUUGGGGUUGAUGUGUGACAUGCUCUUCAAUAAGAUAGGCAUAAUUUUUACAGUAUGUGGAAGCAUUCUCAGACUCAUUUCCAUCUCUUGCAUUGUCACUGUGUUGGUGGGCUUUUUCUUAGUUAAAAAGCCUGAUGGGCAUUUAAAAGGUGAUCUUCCGAUAACCAUAAUUUUGCUAGUUGGAGCCAUUUGUUUAGAAAUAGGUGGAGCUCUUGUGCAACUGGGUUCAAAUUGGGCAAUUGUUUGGGCAUGUAAGCAUUACCCCAGUAAGUUGGUUACUCCAGUUUUUAAUCUUCACGAAUUUGUGAUCUCUAAAAACAAAAGAUGGUCUGAGGUUAUGGGACAAUUUAGCUUGCGAAACUUUUGCAACAAAUAUGAACGGACAAAGUUCGAUGACAUGGUGGUGGGCCUAUGUGGCAUCGAAAAAAGAUGGAAGAAAUUCAGCCUACCAUCACAUAGAGUCGACCAUAGUAUCAAAGAACUUAUCGUCUGUCAGCUUGGUAAGAUAUCACAGAAUGAUUUGGAAGUUGAAACUCCACAGGCUUAUACCAUUAAAAGAGGUGAGUGGACCCCUAGCAAAAGUAUUGCCGUUUGGCACAUUGCUACAGACAUUUGCCUUGAAAAACAUGGAGUGGAACCAGAAAGUUCAAAGUCAUUCACAAAGAAAGUGAAAACAACCAAAAUAUUGUCAUAUUACAUUAUGCAUCUUCUGCUUUUUUGUCCUACUUUACCUUUCUGUAACAACAGUGAAAAUUUUAAGCAAGCUUAUCCUGAUGUGGAUAAAUUUUUUAAAGAAGCAGAGUCUAAUGGAAAAGAACUUGCCGGUAGUUUAAUGGAGAAGGAUGACAAAUGGGAGAUCAUGAGUAAUUUAUGGGUAGAGAUGUUGUGCUAUGCUGCGAGCUGCUGCUCGGUGAAUCACCAUGUUCAAGAGCUUAGGCAUGGUGGACAGUUUCCACUCAUGUCUGGCUUCUACUUAAGCACUUGGGUGCAACAAAAAUGUUGGAGAAAAAUGCAUCUCAAUAAUUGA